AUAACUUCACUUGUAUUCUAUAUAAACCAAUUUUAGUUUGGAAUAACUUGGAGUUUGGAAAAAACAAUUUUGGAGUGUUUGAAUUGAGUGGUAUUUCAAGUAUUUGUCACUGAUCUCAAUAUACUUACAAAUUUUUUUCAGGUGCUUGUAACAUUACUCCCCCCUGUUAUUCUCGAAGCACAUCAUCCCCCUCCCCCCGUUCCGUAGAUCAAAACAAAGAUGGCGACUGCAACGUCGACAUCAAUCAGUUCUACGCGAGAAUUUUGGAAGAAUUUUGAUCUGAUAUCGCUGCAGGUUUGAAUAUUGGCUUGCAUUUUAAACACUCUGUGUGUGUGGUAAAAUAAUUUAAUCAUUUUAAGUCUGGUAGUGUUUGGAAUGGUGUAGCAAAUACUAGCAAAUAUCAGUGGUUUAAUAAUAUUUGAUGGAUAAUCAAUUUGAUGUUUUUGUUAAUAAUAAAAUUAUUAAAAUAGAAUAGACCUCUUGUGUUAUUUACUUUUUAUGGCAGGCAAACGUUUUUAUAGCUUUAUGAAUGAAAAUUAUGGAAAACAUAGUCAUUUGACUCGUUUGUAAAUCUCAAUUUGCCAGACUGCAGAGUAUGGCAGUUUUCGACGAGAUCUCGGGUGUGCAAGACAAAAAUUCAGGUGUGCAAGUGUGCAAUCCUCAGUUAACGUAGUCAAGUGUGCACUUGUAAAUAGCUACAUGUUUUAAUGAUAUUAAACAAUGAUUGUUUAUUUGUACAAAUAACUAAAAUUUCUGCCUCUCAGGAAAAUAAAACGUGGUCCAAAUUCUGAAGAACAAACAAGAAUAUAUAUUUCGAUCGGAGUUAAAAGUCAUUAUGAACACGUACAAAAUAACGUGUUUUUGACACACUUUGUGUCCUGUAAAAGGAAAAUGUGCAUGUCCUUGUAAUUGAGUUGCAAAUGGAAAAGUGUACACUCGAAAAUGCCAUUUCCGACAAUGUAGGGACUCCAAAUUUCAAAAAUUUUCCGCUCGGCGCCAACCAUGGUGGCGCCUCGAGGAAAUCGGACCAAUUAAAAGUUCUCUUGUGCCCAUGCUUACAUGCUAUACGGUUUUGUUUAAUCAUAACAACCUGAUGAUCGCAAAACUCUGCUGUAGAAAUUCAAAACUUUAAUGGACAUUUUUCAUUUGUGCCCAUCAAUCAGCGUUCCCGAUUUUCAGGUGGUUGUUAUAUUACACUUGUCUUAGAAGUCCUUAUUUUAAUGCCUGACAAAACUGGAAAAUAUUUGAAAUAUGUUUAAGUGUGCAAUACCAUUGGCCAAAAAAAAUCUCGGGUGUGCACUUGCCGUACUCUGCAGUCUGGUCAAUUUGACAGACUGUAAAGUUUAAUAAUUGCAACUAAAUGGGUUAAUGUUUGAUUUAUUCUCAUAUUUAGAAAUCAUUGGAUGGUGAGGCGACAGAGUUAGCAAACAGACAAGAUGAAUCUGACACGUCUCGUAAAAGAUUGGUUGAACUAAGUAAAGAAUUCAAGAAAUCUACACCGGAUGUAGGUUCACUUUUUAUAGAAUUUAGAAUCACCAUUUUUUGACAUUAGAGAUCUUUCAUUACCACCAUUUUUAUCAAUUAUCAAUAUAAUCAUUGUCAUUAAUAUGGCUAUUAUAAUCAAUUUCACCAUUGUAAUCAAUUUCAUCAUCAAUAUAGUCAAUGUCAUCAAUAUAAUCAGUGUCAUCAAUACAAUCAGUAUCAUCAAUACAAUCAGUAUCAUCAAUACAAUCAGUGUCAUCAAUACAAUCGGUGUCAUCAAUACAAUCAUUGACAUUAAUAUAAUCAAUGUCAUCAAUAUAAUCAAUGUCAUCAAUACAAUCAGUAUCAUCAAUACAAUCAGUGCCAUCAAUACAAUCAGUGGCAUUAAUAUAAUCAAUGUCAUCAAUAUAAUCAAUGUCAUGAAUAUAAUCAAUGUCAUCAAUAUAAUCAAUGUUUAAAUGUCAUCAAUAUAAUUAAUGAGAUUAAAUAUAAUCAAUAUACUUAGUAUAAUCAAUACAAUAAAUGUCAUCAAUAUAAACAGUGUCAUUAUAUAAUAAAUAUAAUCAAUAUAAUCAAUGUCAAUAAUCAAUGUCAUCAAUAUAACCAAUGUUUAAAUGUCAUCAAUAUAAUCAAUAUACUUAGUAUAAUCGAUACAAUCAAUAUAAUCAAUGCCAUCAGCAUAAUUCAUUAAUUAUAAUUUUUUAUAAUUAAUUAUAAUUAAUUAUCUUAAUGUAAUCACUGUCAUCAAUGUACUCAAUAUCAUCCAUACAAUCAAUAUUAUUAUCAUCACCAGUAUUACAAUGAUCAUCUUGAAUGUAAUCAUUAUAAUCAAUUGCAUAAGUAUAAUGAAUGUCAUCAAUAUAAUUGACAUCAUUGCCACCAUUAUCUGUGUUAACAUGGUUAUCAAUAUAAUCAAUAGCAUCACUAUCACUCUAUCAGAAUGUUCAAUUUUGACAUGUCUGACCUUUUGAUAGAAUGUUCGCAAACAAGUGGCUCCCUUACUGAAGAAUUUCCAAGGAGAGGUAUUGUGUCCACUUAAUAAAAGGGUUGUCUGCUUAAGAGAGGUGUCUGUUUAUAGAAAUUUGACUGUAGUUAACAUAAUUUAUCAAUCUACUAGAUUGAUUCACUUACAAAACGAAGCAAGGCGGCGGAAACCGUAUUCCUCUCACUCUAUAAAAGAAUUGUUGAAAUUCCUG